AUGCUUGGCAAACACCGGGCGCGGCCAGCCUCCCGGGCCCGCGGCCGACCCCCCGACCUCGCGUCGGCCCAGCGCGAGCGCGCGGCCGCUGUCGGGCUAGAAACGACGCCUGUGGCCGAAGGAGCCGCAGAGAAAGGGCAGGCAGCUUACUUCGUCUCGCCCGUCAGAGCCGGCCGCUUCUCCGGGGAACGCUGCGGGCGGCGCCGGCCGUGCGGCGCUGCGGGCCGGGCGCGGGCCAGGCGCGGGCCCCGCGCAUCCUCCUCCCGCUCCACAGGUGCGCGUCACGCGGCCCCGCGCCGCACGCGCGCUGGGGUCUCUCCAGCGCAGCCGGGGGCGCGAGGGGGGAAGGCGCGAGGCCAAGGCCAGCCCCCUUGCCCCUUCCCUGCCCAACCCGAGAUGCGUCGCUGUCCGGAGCUCCGCGACCCCGGCCUCAGACCACCGCCGCCUCGGCGCGCGCGCGCGCAGUGGAGCCCUGAGCGGGGGGCGCGCGUGCAGUGGGCCCAGCCGCGCGCGGCGGAGGCGGAGGCGCAGGCGAGACCACGCCCCCUAGCUCGGGGUCGCCGGGGUAGGACAGUUGGAACCCAAGCUGUCACGGGCCCUCCCCCGCCCUCCCCGCCCUCCCCGCCCUCUCGGGCCAAGUCAGCAGUGCUGGCGGCUGCGGGGCUGCAGCAGCGGGCGGUGCAGAGGCCCUGCACCACUGCUCCGGGCUGCCGGGCGGCGCGCCUCUGCUGCGCUCGCGUCCCGACGGCCACCUCCCGGCGGCUGCGCGCAGCCAGCGCCCAGACAGGACCCGGUCCCUGA